GGAAACAGCCCGCCAGCCCAGCCCGUGGCGGGAGAGCCUUUUGCGCGGGCUCUGGAGUCCAGCAACCCGCGUGACCUUGGACGGGAGGGUCAGCGCGCCAGUCUUGAGAAGGAGAAGGCCAUUAGCAUCUGGGAGUCCAAGAAUUUCUUCUUUGAACUUGAGCCUCUGCCAGGGGCCGUGGAAGCGGUGAAGCAGAUGGCCAACCUACAGAACACUGACGUGUUCAUCUGCACAAGUCCCAUCAAGAUGUUCAAGUACUGUCCCUAUGAGAAGUAUGCCUGGGUGGAGAAGCACUUCGGUCCUGACUUUCUGGAGCAGAUCGUGCUGACCAGAGACAAGACCAUAGUCUCUGCUGACCUCCUCAUAGAUGACCGGCUGGACAUUAUAGGGGCUGAGCCACACCCCAGCUGGGAGCACGUCCUCUUCACAUCCUGCCACAACCAGCAUGUGUGGAUGCCUCCUUCCCGCCGCCGGCUGCACUCAUGGGCAGAUGACUGGAAGGCCAUUCUGGACAGCAAGCGGGCCCGUUGACUGCUGCACCGAGACUCUCCUUGACUGACUUCAGGGCUCCUGCUCAGGGCCUGUGGACCUGUGGUUCCCUCCACAUGCAUGGGCCAAGACCACCUCCUGCUGCACAUCUCUACCCCAGCCCCUGCCAGGUCUUAACCUGCUCUUGGGGUAGAGCUGGGCCCCUAGAUGCCUGGACAGAGACAUAUGCACCCAGGAGGUUUGGACUGACCUCAGACAGUAGCCCCAAGCUCUCUGGGGCUCUGGUGCUCCCGCCAGGGAGUUGUUGAGCCAGCACCCCUGCACACUCACUGGGGGACAUCCCUGAGCUGUCAGGGCCCCCUGCUCUCCAGGUCUGCAGCUGUCAGCAAGAAGCACCAGGAAUGUGACAGCCGAGGUGCUUCCUGGUGGGCCCGAGGCCCUUACUCUUCUACCACAGUACCCAUCCUACUUGUUCAGCCUGUCUGGGCUCCCCAAAUAACCUGUCUUGUAUUCAGCAAACACUCAGGUUCCAGCCACCCGGCCCUGAGCUGGGGGACAACACUGGCCCUGCCUGUGACCAGCUCCAAGGUAUCUCUGCUCCAUUUCUGGGCCCUUGCUCAGGGCCCAACAGAGCCAGCAGGCUGAGUGUUUGUUGAAUGCAUGAAAAAUAAAUGCUGUUCACUUAUGGCCUCCUCUGCCUUCCACCUCAAGACCCUCUGGUGUAGGCCCCCCUCAGGAACCGAGUGUCUGAGGUCUUGUGUACUGACAAGAAGGGCUGUAGGGUGCCCCGCCACCUUGCGCUGUGCCUGUGCAGUGCCUAUGUCAGUGAAGGCCAAGGCAGGAUGGCCCCAUGUGGCAGAGUAGGCAGCCCUGUGGUCUUCUGUGUCUGCCUGCCCUGGCCGGGCCCCCUCCCCACCUUCCCCAGGGCUUCCUGGCUUCUGCUCCUUUCCAGACGAAACCCAGAGCCCUGACUUUUAUUCCUUUGAGCAACUAAAAAGAUAACCUGAGCCAGCCAUUUCUUUGCUGUGCUCUUGAGAGGUUUGGGGGCCAUUGCCCUUGAAGAGAACAUGAGUCACCCACACUCCUAAUUUGUCUCACCUCUGGGCCCUCCUGGCAGGACUUUUUGCUGCUUAUGACUGGAACUCUUUGGGCUACUUAGGGAGUAAGACCAGGUAGGUAGAAUCCCAUGGCUCAGGGUUGGCUGAGCUUUCAGGUUCUCACCAAUUUGAGCACUAUCACCUCACCUCAGGGAGGAAGGGUCCCUCUGGGCUCUGUUGACCCUGUUCAGAGGGGUGAGGUUCUCCUGAGCUUUGUUGCUUCAACUCAAGGAGGGAGCCCCCUGGGCUCUCACCCCAGCUUGGGGAAGGAGGCCUUCUCUAGGCUCUGUUGCCUCAGCUUGGGAAAGAAGGGCUCUGUCAAGCUAGCUUAUGGAUGAAGGGUUUCCCCUAGGCUCCAUUGCUCUGGCUUGGGGAGGAAGCCCCUCACCAGGUCCCACCGCUCGAGCUCAGGUUAGCCAGACAGCUCUCCAUAGCAUCGUCACCACCUGCCGCACACUUUAUCUCCUGUGCCAGGGGACAGCUCUGCUGUCAUUGUGCUUAGGGAUGUGUUGGGCUUGCAGCAAGGGAUCCCGAGGCCAUGCCGUGUCCAGAAGAAUCCUGGCUACCCUGGCCUGGGACCCCGGAGGAAGGCAGCCUGUGGGUUGCUGGCUCCCCAGCUGCUCUUCAGGUCCUGCUGCUCUGAGAGGAGAAAGCAGCUGUUGACUGAGGUCAUGUCCAGGAGUCCUCUUUGCGAGGGCCAAGAGCAUGUGUGACAUGUGAGAUGAAUGAGUCACCUGCUUAUGGCUGCCGGUGGCUGGACUUUGUUCUCUUCCUCCCUUCAGGGCCAGCCCUUCACCUCGACACACUUUUCCCACUUUACCCCUGCUGGCUGCAUGUCUGCAUUUACAGCGAUCCUGGAAGUGCGCAGCUGUGACCCCUCUGGCUGUGGCUGUGAAGGUGAUGGCACCUGCCCCUAAGCUUAGCCCUCAGAGUGGUAGGAGGCGGUUUCUUGCACCUAUGUGUUGGGACUCGUGCUCAAUCCAAGCACAUGGUGGUGACUGAGACCAACCCAAUGCUGCCCUGAAAACUGAUGAUGAUAACUGAGGAAGUGAAAAGCAACAUGGCUCAUUUCUACCUUGGGACCUGUGCCAGGAUGGCAGAAACAGUCCUGCUGGGGCUUCUGCAGCUCUGUCUGAGUUUCCCCUUCCUCCUACAGAGGAGCAACCAGGCCCAGGGGUGGACUUCAUACAGAGGACACAGCAGGGACCUGCAUCUGGUCUGAUGGUUCUCACCCUUGUUCUGGGGACCCCUAGGCAAGUUGGAGGUACGAGGCCCCUCUGUCCACACACGUCGGGAGCCACCCAGGACAGGAGUGGGGCGGCCUGGCCCUGACCCCCACUCAGAGGCAUCCCAUCCUUGCCUCAAGCCUGUUUUCUCCCUGAGUCUUGCUGCACUCAUAGUCCAUGAGUCCAUCAGGUGUGGGGCCGGCCUGACUCCUCCAUCUGGUCCCACAAAGCUACGGCAAAAAAGUUAUGUUCUGAAUCCUUCUGGAGACUGGACUCUUCUGAAACCUCUCCUUUAAAACUGAGUGCUGCUGCAGAGUCUUAAAGCGCUUUAGAAACAACCCUACAGCUGCUACAUUUGUUCUCUGUUCAACUGGAAUCACUUGCCUCAGGGCAGGCAGCCACCGGGAGCAGCAUAAUUAGUGUAAAGGAGCAGAGAUAACCGCUGGGGUGAAGAUGCUUCAGAACCAAUCCCACCACCUGGCAAUCCCAGGGUGUCUGGUGGGAUGAGGACAUGUGCUGGGGAGGCCAGGACCUGGGAGCUGGUGGAGGGCCUGAGGCCCAGCUCCAGGAACAGCCCCUGUGCAGGCUGUGCAGGGUGGGCAAGGUGAGGCCUGUCUGUGCUGCGCGCUGCCAGCAUGGUCACCGCUGUCCUCAGAGUCCUGGGAAGGGUAGGUGCCACAGCAACUGGGCACCUGCACCAGGACCCCAGAAUUUACCAUCCUCUUGUCCAUUUUCA